AUGAGCAGCAAAAUAUCAGAUCUUACAUCUACACAAAAUAAGCCCCUCCUUGUUACGCAACAACUAAUUGAAAAAUAUUACGAACAGAUUCUGGGAAGUUCUCAAAAUAUAAUCCCCAUUUUGGGACCUAAGAACAAGUCAGGCAAGAUCAAUAAGAAUAAUGCUAAUAUCGAAAGAGAGGUCGAGGAUGUUGAUAAAAGGCUGCAAGCUAGUAGGAACAAAACUACACAUAGAGUGAAUUUCAAUCUGAUCACAGGAAACGAGGAGAAAUUCGACGACGGACAGGAAACAGCCACCGAAAAUGAGAAUAACGAUAUCGAAAUGAUUGAGGUGGAUGAAGAAGACGAAGAAGAGCAAGCGAUAACUUUAGCCAGGAGGUGCAAAUCAUUCCUUUACAAUGUCUUUGUGGGAAAUUAUGAAAAAGACAUUUUGAUAGACAAGGUCUGUUCACAGAAACAACAUGCGAUGUCUUUUGAAGAAUGGUCUUCUGCAGGUGCAAGACUUGAUGACCUCACUGGAAAAAUAGCAUGGAAACAGAAGUUGGAAAGCCCUUUGUAUGAUUACAAAUUAAUAAAAGAUUUAACAUCCAGAAUGCGUGAAGAGCGCUUAAAUAGGAACUAUGGACAACUAUUAUACAUCAUUAGGACCAAUUGGGUGCGGAAUCUGGGGAAUAUGGGGAACGUGAACCUAUAUAGGCAUUCUCAUGUUGGUACCAAGUAUCUGAUUGACGAGUAUAUGAUGGAGUCCAGGCUAGCACUGGAAUCUUUAAUGGAGUCCGAUCUUGAUGAUAGUUACCUUUUGGGUAUACUGCAACAAACAAGAAGGAAUAUCGGUCGGACCGCUUUAGUUCUUAGUGGAGGUGGUACUUUUGGUCUUUUCCACAUUGGUGUUCUUGGUACGUUAUUCGAACUAGAUUUAUUACCUAGAGUGAUCAGCGGUAGCAGUGCCGGUGCAAUUGUAGCCAGUAUAUUAUCUGUUCAUCAUAAAGAAGAAAUUCCGGUUUUACUCAACCAUAUAUUAGAGAAAGAAUUCAACAUUUUCAAAGAUGACAAACAAAAGAGUGAAAGCGAAAAUUUGUUGAUAAAGAUAUCCAGAUUUUUCAAGAACGGUACGUGGUUUGAUAACAAGCAUUUGGUAAAUACAAUGAUUGAAUUUUUAGGAGAUUUAACGUUCAGGGAAGCAUACAACCGAACGGGGAAAAUCUUGAAUAUAACCGUCUCACCAGCAUCAUUAUUUGAACAACCACGCUUAUUGAAUAAUUUGACAGCACCAAACGUUCUUAUUUGGUCUGCAGUAUGCGCAUCAUGUUCGUUGCCGGGUAUUUUCCCCUCGAGCCCACUUUAUGAAAAAGACCCCAGGACGGGAGAAAGAAAACCGUGGACUGGUAGUAGUUCUGUUAAAUUUGUCGAUGGUUCUGUGGACAAUGACUUGCCCAUUUCUCGUCUCUCCGAAAUGUUUAAUGUGGAUCAUAUUAUUGCUUGCCAAGUUAAUAUUCACGUCUUCCCGUUUUUGAAAUUAUCACUAUCCUGUGUGGGUGGAGAAAUUGAAGAUGAAUUUAGUGCACGACUAAAGCAAAACCUAUCGAGCAUAUACAAUUUUAUGGCCAACGAAGCCAUUCAUAUUUUAGAAAUAGGAAGUGAAAUGGGGAUAGCUAAAAAUGCUCUUACAAAACUAAGGUCGGUAUUAUCUCAACAAUAUUCCGGUGACAUUACUAUUUUGCCUGACAUGAGUAUGCUUUUCAGGAUAAAGGAGCUCUUAUCAAAUCCAACGAAAGAGUUUUUAUUAAGGGAAAUUACCAACGGUGCAAGAGCUACAUGGCCCAAAGUGUCUAUUAUUCAAAAUCACUGUGGUCAAGAGUUUGCUUUGGAUAAGGCGAUCUCUUAUAUUAAAGGUAGAAUGAUUGUGACCUCUUCUCUGAAAACCCCGUUUCAGUUCGCAGAUUCAGUCAUAGGAUUAAUCAAAGCUCCGGAGCAAACCUCGGAGGAAUCCAAAGAUCCAGCAAGUACGACGUUGCUAACUAGGACUCCAACUAAAGGUGAUAACCAUAUUUCCAACGUGUUGGAUGACAACCUUUUAGAAUCUGAAUCGACAAACUCAUUAUUGUUGUUACGUGAAAAUGCAAGCACAUAUGGGCGGUCACCUUCUGGGUUUAGGCCGCGGUAUUCUAUAACCUCUGCCUCACUGAAUCCACGUCACCAAAGAAGGAAAUCAGACACUAUUUCAACAUCAAGACGGCCAGCCAAAUCCUUUUCAUUUUCUGUUUCUUCUCCCACAUCUAGAAUACUGAGACAAUCUAACAAAAUCAAUGGGCUCCCACCACCAAUUCUGCAAAAAAAGGCAAGCAUAGGUCGACUGAUGCUUCCUAUGGAUGUCAAGACCUAUAAUCCAGAAAUUCACGAACUUAUCCCACAUUCUGCCAGUAUUGAAACACCUACCAUGGUAGACAAGAAACUGCAUUUUGGCCGAAAAAAUAGAUAUCUAAAACACAUGAACAGAAAAUGGGUUAGCAGUAGCAACAUAUUGUAUACAGGUCCAGAUAAGGAAGAUCAUCCUACAUUGAGACUGAUAAGUAGUUUCGAUGCAAACGCAGGAAUUCAUAGCGACUUAGCAAGUAAUUUCAGGCGUCAUAGCGUUGAUGGAAGGCCCCCUUCCCAAGCUACUAAGAGCACAAUAUUUCAAUCGAGGCCUUCAUCUUCGGUGCAGCACAAAAGCACUACUAAUACUCCCUAG